UAUUAAGUUCAGCAAAUAAACUAAAAUCUGUACUUCGACAUAUUCGUACGUACCGGUACGCAUAUUUAGGUUGUUGUGCAGUACAGAACCUACAGAUCGGGAGACUGGGUGACAGUUGUCCAAGAGUAUGUCUCGUUCAUUAGUGUUUGUUACCGGUAACGCUAAGAAGUUAGAGGAAGUUGUAGCAAUUCUCGGUAAAAGUUUACCGUACGAGCUUGCAAGUCAGAAAAUUGAUUUGCCUGAGUAUCAAGGUGAAGUAGAUGAAAUAUGCAUAAACAAGUGCAAGGCAGCAGCAGCAAUUGUGAAAGGUCCAGUAAUGAUCGAGGAUACUUGUCUGUGUUUCAAUGCUUUGGGUGGACUACCUGGACCAUACAUAAAAUGGUUUUUAGAUAAACUUGGACCUGAAGGUUUACACCGCCUCCUGGCUGGUUGGGAAGAUAAAACUGCAUAUGCUGUAUGCACAUUUGCAUUUUCACCAGGAGGUGAAAAUGAUGAUGUCAUUCUUUUUAGAGGGAAGACAUUUGGUACAAUAGUGAGCCCUAGGGGACCAAGAGACUUUGGCUGGGAUCCCUGUUUCCAGCCAGAUGGAUAUGAAAAAACAUAUGCUGAAUUGCCAAAAGAUGUGAAAAAUAAAAUAUCCCACAGAAGUAAAGCACUGGGUGAACUCAAAAAUUAUUUUGAAAGUAAUAAAUGAUGAUUUAAUUGUGAUUAUUGUUCAGUUUGCCUUUGAUUACCUCUUACAGACUCGUGAAAAAUAUAAAAUCCUUGUUUAUAGUGGAAUGUAAGUUGUUCUUGUUGCACUUUUGAUGUCGUUUCAAGUUAAGAUUUUUUUUUGUGUUACUGGAUAUUACGUGGAGCAACAGCCCAGAGAUCUCAACUUUAUAUGUGGACAUUAUUGGUUGUGCAGACAGUUAUUUAGUAUACCGUAAUAAAUUCUGCAGUGGACAACAAAUAAACAUUCUGAAAAAAGAGUCUGAUACAAAGUCAUUUUAGUACUAUGGUAUAUUUUGUAAUGAACAAGAAAAACUGUGAUAUUAGCAUUACAACGUAGUGCCCCCUUUUUCUUUAACUUGCUGAAACUUACUAGUGCAAAUAAGGAGUUGAGAUGGCAGAAGGAAGUGGCCAAUAGUGUAUCGCAGUCAACUAGAAUAUCUGAUUCGUAAACUAGACAAACCUUGGACAGUUUUAGAGGCUUAAGUAACAUACAACUAUAAUCUAGUUUGUCACUCACUUUUAUACUGCAUCAAUCUGUCAGUUUGCUUUUACACUAUAAGACAACAUUUUUAUGAUUGUUAUUAAAAAGCAUUACCUUUUA